GAGCUGCAUGUAUGUGCUGCUCUUAUUACAUUUCAAGGUUUUAACAUCUUAGUAGGAAAAUGCCAGUUUACCUGGUAUUCAGCUACCUACAGCACUUUUUAUAUUCCAAAAUGUUAAUAGAUGCUAUUUAUGCAUUUUUUAACAACCUAUACAUCUGCAUCAUUAUACUGCUGGCUAUUUUUACAAUCUUUGGCUUCAGACACUUGGCAAUCCUUAUGGAUAGCCUUGAUAUUCCAAAAAAUGAAAAGAAACAAACCAGCAGAGGAAGACAAUCAAAGACUUGCAAAUUCAGGAUGAAGCGCAUUUCUGAUAGCAAACAUAAACAGCAUGUCGACCAAUUAGAACUGUAUGGAACAGUGAAAGAUUGGAGAGAACUACAUUUUUUUCCAGCAGAAGAUUCAUUUUUUAAAGUAAUAAAGAGACAGUUAUAUUCAGGAAUUGACAUGGCAUAUGAACAAGAAUUGACUAUGAUUUUUGGCUCAAUAAACCUUAGAAUUAAUGUUAAUGAAUUCAGCCAAAACUUGCCAUGCACCUUUAGAAAGGAAGAACUAUGGUCAAGAAUCAUACAAGAGGCUUUUGGGCAGAACAGUGCACAAAUUUUACAGCACUGCUUGCCUUUCCUUAUGGCUAACAGAUUUAAUAGUCAUGCACUUGAAAUAGCAGAUAUUGCUUCUUCAGGUGAGAAAAUUGAAUUUUUGCCUCUCAGCAGAGAAAUGCCGAUCAGAUCAGUUUCUAGCGGACCUUUGGAGGAAUUCUCUUCCAAAGCAAAGCAAAAGAAACACUUCAGAUCUAGUUACCUGAGAUUUAAAAAUACACUUAGCUCCAAAAAUCAGUUUAAGACAAAUUUCACUCCCUCCUGCAUCAAAAAGGAUAUUUUUUAUAAUGCCUUUCUGUAUGCUGAAAUUAGGAGUGCGCAAAAGCAAGAGAAUCGGAUAACACAGGUAACUGCAGAUGGGACAAAUCCUCCAUUUUUGCCUUUCAAUGGGGAACUGCCCAUCAGACCUGUUUCUAGAGGACUUUUGGAGAAAAUACUGGACAAAGAAAUGCAAAAGAAAAAAUGUACAAGUUAUUUGAGGUUUCACAAUAAGCCUUACUUCAAAUAUGGUCUUAACAGAAAUGAGCAUAACAUUUCCUGUUAUGCCUUUCUAUAUGCUAACAUAAAGAGAGCACAGAAAGAAGAUGAAACCUGGUUGGACAGGACAGAUGACUUCAAGAGAAAACGAUCACUUUGUGUGAAAAUGAUAAAAGAUUCUUAUCCUAAGGAUAAGAAUGCAGCUGCAGUAAAAGAUAUGAAAAAUGUACCUACAGAAAACAGUACAAAUAUUUUCAAAGUAAGAGACACUACUUUGUGUAGCAUGGAAACAUAUGCUAACAAUGAUUGCUGCUCAAAUAAGUCUGCACUUAAAAAAAUGAUGAAGUUACUUGAAGAAAACACUACAACAUCGAAGAACAAAAUAGGAUAUGCUAUUCCUAGUGACUUAGCAUGUUCCAAACAGAUCAGGGUUAAAGCUCUGACAUCUACUACAAAGAGAAGUGAAAAGAUACAAGCAGAAAACAGUAUGAACACAGACAAUACAACUGAGGAAACCUGCACUUCUGAACUAAAACCUAAAAUGGACUGUAGUUCAAAUACAUCUACAGUACAAAAUAUGGAAAGGUUCCCAGCAGAAAACUCUACAAAGAAAUUGAAGAAUAAACCUAAAAAGUCUAAAAAAGAUCAUGGGGAAACAACAGUAAAUACUGACAAACCAAUACCAGCAGACAGCAAAUCUGCCAAAAAUUCUAAUGAAUCAAAGAAAAAUGUCAGUGAAGAAAGGAUGUUUCCAGUAAUAAAGGCCAACAGGAACCUUGCAAUUAACAACACCAACACAUUAGUCCAAGUUGCACGGUUUUUUAAAAAAAUCUUUGAUCCAAGCAGGAAAUAA